UUCUGGUUUGAGGGAACAAGAGAAAUUAGGUGAAAAUGUUUCUGAUGCCAAACACGUUAGUUUGCAUAAAGGGAAAGAGGAGGAAGCUGAAAAUCAAUUGGCACGGAUGAACAGGGGGAGCUGCAAUGCUAAUAUUCAAGGCACAUCAGUAUCUUUUGAUGUGGUUGAGAAUAAUUUAGAGGCUAAUACAAACUCCAGGAGUGUAGAAAAUAAUCAAACUGCUGAUGGGGGGAUUUUCUCAUCAUGGGUACUGCAGAGGAAAAUCCAAUGACGAGGUACCAUUGUCUGCAGAUGAUCAGAAGUUGAUGUCCUUGAAGCAUGUCAACCAGAACAUGACAAGCAAUGUUGAUCAGGCCGAAUCAAAUGUUAGGCAAACCACUGAAGCACAACUGGGUGAUAUUUGUGAGCAAGCAGAUUCACAUGUAAGGCAAGAAAUGGAAGCUAAAGAAUAUAAUAGUGACGAACAUCACAAUUCAAUGGAUGAGAAAGCCAUUAAGCACAUAUCUAUGAAGCCUGGAAGUUCAGGAGGACUUUAUCAGGCUAACUAUAUAUUGCCACCUGAAAAAGAAGGUGACUUUUCUGUGUCAGAUAUGGUUUGGGGUAAGGUGAGAAGCCAUCCAUGGUGGCCUGGACAGAUUUUUGAUCCCUCAGAUGCAUCUGAGAAGGCUAUGAAGCAUUAUAAAAAGGACUGCUUUUUGGUGGCAUAUUUCGGGGAUAGAACAUUUGCUUGGAAUGAAGCAUCUCAGCUGAAGUCCUUCAGGGCACAUUUCUCCAAUAUUGAAAAGCAGAGCAAUUCAGAAUCAUUCCACAAUGCUGUAGAUUGUGCUAUAGAUGAAGUCUUAAGACGAGUAGAAUUUGGGCUAGCAUGUUCCUGCGUGCCAAAAGAUGCUUAUGGCAAGAUCAAAUUCCAGAAUGUUGAAAAUGCUGGGAUUCGAGAAGAAAUAAGUUUAAGAUAUGGAUUGGAUGAAUCUUUGAAUGCAAACUCCUUUUCACCUGAUAAAUUAUUAGAGUACUUGGAAGAUUUAUCUCAGUGCCCAACUGGUGGUUUUGAUAGAUUGGAGCUUGGGAUUGCUAAGGCUCAGUUGCUUGCAUUCUAUCGUUUAAAGGGUUACUCUUGCUUGCCUGAAUUCCAAUAUUGUGGAGGUCUGGACUGUGAUAUAGACAGAUCAAUUCAGGAUGUUGAGAACAAUGCCAGUGAGAGUAUUCAGCAUGAAACUUCUCUAAGUAAGGAUGGUGAUCAAGCUUCCACUGGUCAUAGAGUUUCAAAAGGCCACAUCAAUUCUUACCACAAACGUAAACAUAAUUUGAAGGAUGGUAUGUAUCCUAAAAAGAAAGAAAAAAGCUUGUCAGAACUAAUUGGUGGGACUCUAGAUCCCGCAGAUGAUUAUUGGUUGGAUGAGAAAGCCAUGGAUAGUCUUGUUUCCCCUACUGUUUCCAAAAAAAGGAGGACUGUUGAUCCGUAUGCCGAUGACACUGGGAUGCUAGAUGGGAGAAAAACAAUUUCCCUUGCAAAGGUUUCCAGUUCCACAAAGCCAUCAUUUAAAAUUGGUGAAUGUAUUCGUAGGGUUGCUAGUCAACUUACUGGGUCUCCUACAGCGAGGAGUUCUGGUGACAGGUCCCAGAAGCCAGAUGAAAACACUGAUGUACUUUCUGGUGAUGUAUCUGAUGACGCUUCUGUUCAAAAUCUUGAGGAGGCUAAGAAGUCAAGCCUGGUUGAUCCAACAGAAUAUUCAUCACUCAAUGAUUUGCUAUCUUUACUACAUUGGGCGGCACAAGAUCCAUUAGAACAUAGUAAUUUCAUGAGUGUUAUUGUGAGUUUCUUCUCUGAUUUCAGGAACUCAAUAGUUGUAGGAAAUUACUCUGAAAGAGAGAUCACCCCUACAAAUAAAGUUAGUGCCAAAAGGAAGAAACAGCCCAUAGCUGGAUCACCUGAAACAUUUGAAUUUGAGGAUAUGAGUGAUACUUAUUGGACAGAUAGGGUCAUUCAAAAUGGUUCUGAAGAGCAGCCAUCAAAAAGAAGCAGGAAAAAAGAGAAUCAGUUAGUGCCUGCCGAUCCAGAUAAACCUGUCCAAGUGAGUCGUAGGCCCUACUCCAGGAAACGUUAUUCAGAUAACAACAAUGUUGAGGCUUCUGAAAAGCCUUCUGGUUAUAUAGAUGAUAAGUCCCCUGCUGAACUUGUCAUGAACUUCGCUGAGUUGGAUUCUGUUCCCUCAGAGACAAACCUUAAUAAGAUGUUUAGGCGUUUUGGACCUCUUAAGGAAUCUGAAACAGAAGUUGAUACCGUGGGCAGCCGUGCCAGAGUGGUUUUCAAGAAGUGUGCUGAUGCAGAGGUUGCUUUCAAUAGUGCAAAAAAGUUCAACAUAUUUGGAGCGAUACUUGUAAACUACCAGCUUAACUAUACUCCAAGUGCACUGUUUAAGGCUUCGACUGUUGCCACAACGCACGACCAAGAGAUGCAUCUUGAUCUCUCCAAUUUCGAAGUUAAUAUGGUCUGAAUUCUUUGGGAUGAACUAUGAAGUCGUAUAUAAGCUGAAAGGGAUUUGGCAGAAUACAUUUAACUGAAGGAACUUCUGAAUGAGACUGUUAAUUCCAUCUGGUUGUCCACCAAAGGCUUCUGGAGGUAACCGGAGUGUUGAUACAUCUGGCCAACCGUUAUUGUGUUCAGAAUAUUACCUUUGUUGGCAGCAUGCCAGGGUGCACCAUUUUGUUCCUUAAUUUUUCUCUCUUGCUCGGUUUUCUGUACUCUAUUUCAAUAGCUGCCAUCUCUAACUUGUGGAUUUGUUAUGAAAUUCUGUAUUCUUAGUCUUAGUCUGAUCCUGUCAUGUAUGAUUUUCCAUGUUAAAUAUAUGGUAGUCUUCGGUAGGUAUGCAUCUUUGUUGGAAGAAUAGAAGUUAAUGUUGCGCAUACAAA